UCUAAUUUCGCGACCUAUAAACUAAAGCCGAUAUCAUACGUGAUGUGGGUAAUGCAUAGUUAUUUAAAUUAGUUGAACGGUGAGAGUAUAUAGCAUUCGACUUUCGUGUGAGUGCUCAUUGUUAACUCAAUUAGGCUAGUUACAUUCAAGUAGCUACUAUGUGGUACAUUUUGUUAUUGGUUGUCGCAGCUGGCUAUGCAGUGUCAGAAAUCAUAUUGUCAGAGAGAGUUCCAAUACCCACGGAAAAUGAAAUGUACGAGGAAGUGGAUGUGGAUGACAGGAUCGUCGGAGGGGAGGAGGCUAACAUACUGGAACAUCCCUACCAAGUCUCAUUUAUAGUCAACAAUUCAUAUUUUUGCGGAGGGUUCAUUGUUAGCGAAAAUUACAUAUUGACGGCUGGUCAUUGUGCUCAAAACGUCGAUCCUUCAACCGUAGUCCUGAGAGCUGGUAGCUCGUAUCGUAAAAAUGGUACAAUUAUCCCAAUAGCUGAAGUUACACCACACCCGGAAUAUGAUAAUCCUGCGUUCGACAAAGAUGUAGCUUACAUGAAGACUGUCGAGCCAAUCAAAUUCACGGAUACUAUUAAAGCAAUAGAAUUACCGCCUAAAAAUCGAAACUUAAGAGGUGAAAUUUUAGUCAGUGGAUGGGGAAGAAUGAAGCAAGGUGCGUCUUCUAUUCCAAAUAGAUUGAUGCACGUUCAGCUGCCCGUUGUAAACUUUAUACAAUGCUUCCUCGUGUAUCCGACAGUACUGACCAGGAAUAUGUGGUGUGGAGGAAAUUUCUUUUUAGGCGGUGAAGGAACUUGUCAGGGUGAUUCGGGUGGCGCAGCGAUACAAGAUGGAAUGGCUGUUGGCAUCGUUUCCUUUGGCAGAGGCUGCGGUCAAUCCCUUUCACCGAGUGUGUUUGCGGAUAUUGCGUCUCCAACUAUACGAGACUUUAUAUCGGAACACACUGGAUUGUGAAUCAAAAGAUA